AUGAUGUUCCUGUGCUGCCAGUGACCUUCCCAGCGUGGGGUUGGGUUCCCCGUGGGCCUCCCUGCUCCGUCCCCGCCCCGAGCAGGCGGAUCCCCGCUGCCGUGGGAUCCCAGCCCCGGAGCCGCCAGGCAGCCGCUGCACUGCAGGUACCAGACGAGGGUUUGUUGUGCGGUACCAGAGCUGUCGGCUCUGCCUGGCAGGAAAAAUGUCAGACGGUUUCUCUUUAUCUGACGCCUUGCCCGCCAGCAACAACCCCAACCCCACUGCCCCCCCAGCCCAAGGCUGGCCAUCCUGGGGGAACCAGCCGCCAGCUCCUGGGGCGUUCCCAGCGUUCCCCGGCCCACUGGGGCCAUAUCCUGGAGCACCGGGGCCAUAUCCUGGAGGACCAGCAGGACACGGACCAUAUCCGGGAGCACCUGGAGCAUUCCCUGGAGCACCAGCAGGACCAGGGCCAUAUCCCGCCCCAGGACAGCCGCCCAGUGGCCCUGGAUUUGAGCCCACUCCUCCGCAGGGGGGACCGGCUCCUCCAUUGAAAGUCCCCUUUGAGCUGCCCCUGCAGGCAGGACUCGUCCCUCGGCUGCUCAUAACCAUCACAGGGACCGUCAACCCCAACCCAAACAGGUUUUCACUGGAUUUCAAGAAAGGGAAUGACAUCGCCUUCCACUUUAAUCCUCGCUUUAAGGAAGACAACAGAAAAGUCAUUGUCUGUAAUUCAAUGUUUCAGAAUAACUGGGGAAAGGAGGAGAGGACAGCUCCUCGGUUUCCGUUUGAAGCUGGAAAACCCUUCAAGCUCCAGGUCCUUUGCGAGGUGGAUCACUUCAAGGUAGCGGUCGACGACGCUCACUUGCUGCAGUACAGCUUCCGCGAGAAGCAGCUGAACGAGAUCACCAGGCUCUGCAUUGCCGGGGACGUCACCCUCACCAGCGUCACGCCCACCAUGAUAUAACUACGGUGGUGGAAUUUUAAUGCAAACUUAAUAUGGCUGUAACAGAAGUGCCUUCUUGCAUGAAUACUUUGAUGUAAUAAAACAUACUUUCACAAGUAAAA